CACCAGAUCUGGUGAUUUGUAGACCAAUCUGGUAAUAUGGUGAAAACUUUUUUGAAAAGACCUAUUUCUGGUGAUUUUUAGGACUGGCCUAUUUAUAAAUUUAAAUUUUUAUUCAAAAUAAAUCUACUGUUUGUCAAUAUUCAUAAAGUAUAUAAUUAUAUAAAGAUAAGUGAGUGUAGCGUUAUACUUUUCAAAAACUCCACUGCUAAUGCCGGGGAAUACCCGUGCAAAACGCGUGCUCCGUGGGGAAGUCCCGUAAUCGCUUUACUUAAGAAGGUUCCGUGGGCGCCGCCGGCAUUUUAUCUGGGCAGUAUUUACAGUAGUGUUUUUAUUGUUUUCACUUUCGCCUCUGUAGAGUUUUUUUUAUUGCAAAGUGUUGUUUCUGAUCAACUUAAAGAAUAACUGCGAAAUAUGGACAAAUUUGUAAUCAGGAAAAAACAAGAACCAGUUACUUGUCCAUGUCCACAUUCACCACAAGCAAGCACUAGCAACGUUGAUACAAAAGAACAAGAUGAAGCACAUGACUCUGACUCAGCUUCUGAUUCUGUGCUUGACGAUUGAAAUUCAGAUAAGUCUUCAACUUUAAUAAAGAAAAAGAAGUUAUACGAUCAUAAAUAUAAAGCCACAUGGGAGAAACAUGAAGAUUUUGGAAAAUGGAUCAAGCCGAGCUCUCAUGGUAUUCAUCAUUUUAAUUGUAAAAUAUGCAAUGAAGACUAUAUAGGUGGUGUAGCUGCUGUCAAAAAACAUAGUCUAUCAAAAAAACAUAUCGACGAAAUGAACGCAAUGCGUAGCCAAUGAAUUUUGUCAAAAAAAGUAUUUUCUAUUCUGUCUGAUAAAAUAAUUAAACAAAAUGAGAUUAGAAUUGCAUCAUUUAUUUCGGAGCAUAAUAUUGCUAUUAACGUGUCUGAUCAUUUGAACUUGUCAAAUCUAUUUGUUUAUCUGGCAUGGAGCUAG